CCAAACUGUUGUAAAUGUAAUGAAAGCCCGAAGAAGGCAGUGAGUGUAGAGGAAGAUCGAAUCUGUUCUUCUUCCCAGUUCUUGCAGUUGAACAAAGUGAACAAGACCAACAACAAGAAGAAUGGGGUCAAUAGCGAAAAAGGGUCUGCAACAGUACUUGUUACAGCUUCAGCAACACCCUUUACGAACAAAGGCAAUAACUGCGGGAGUGUUGUCAGCGAUUAGUGAUAUAGUGGCUCAGAAGAUCACUGGCAUUCAGAAACUUCAAGUCAGACGUCUUCUCCUCAAAGUGCUAUUUGGCGUUGUCUAUCUUGGACCAUUUGGACAUUUUCUUCACUUAUUACUGGACAAAAUAUUCAAGGGGAAACGAGACAAGAGUACAGUUGCCAAAAAGGUGUUGCUGGAACAAGUUACAUCGUCACCCUGGAAUAACUUGCUUUUCAUGGUUUACUAUGGAUUAGUUGUUGAAAGAAGACCCUGGAUCCAGGUGAAAUCUAAUAUCAAGAGGGAAUAUCCAAAAGUGCAGUAUACAGCUUGGACGUUUUGGCCAGUUGUUGGGUGGGUAAAUCACCAGUAUGUUCCACUGCAAUUCAGAGUGAUCUUUCACAGUAUUAUCGCAUGUUGCUGGGGAAUAUUUUUGAAUCUACGUGCAAGGUCGAUGGUUUUAAAAAAGGCUUGAAAUCCUCAGAGUUGAUAUAUGAACAUGGCAACAUCUCUUAGUGUAGUUCAAAGAUAUUGAAAAUGGUUGCUUAUUUUGUUCUGAUCUUCACUUUUUUCUUUCUUUCUAUUCUUUUUAAAAGCAAGACAUCUUCAUUAAACAAAAUGGCUUGUUUGUGAUAGAGCAAGUGCAUACUCAGAAUGUUUCUCACAUGGCAAUGUGAAAAGUUGUCAGUUGUAACGCACUUCAAAUGUGACUCAAGAAAGCAAAGAUUGUGGCAAAAGAUUACAGUAUAA